CUCGCGUGUACUCGGAUCUGAAAACGUCAACAAGAAGCACUUGCCCCAGAAAGCGACAGAAAUUUUAUAUUCAAUGAAAGGUCAUUGGAUAGUCUUUGGCGAUAUGGUUUGAUGUUGUAUCAACAUGGACUUCAAGUACUUGAUGUCCCUGGCCGCUGAUAACGAAAAACACUCGAAACAUCAGUUUGAAAACAGUGCACAGAUUUCAACCACUCUGUCCUCGGCAAAGAAAGAAGACAGGAAAUCAAAAGAAGGAAAGUCGGACACCCUCAAGAAGCUACAGGAUGAGAAGGCCAGAGAACGACAUGAGAAAGAAAAAAGAAGACAAAAAGAAUUGAGGGAAGCUGAAAAGAAAAAGAUCUUUCGCAUCCCUAAGAGUGGAGAGGUCCCAGAGAAGGGCAGCUCAAGUAGCAAAGAUGGAGAGAAGGAUGAAGGUUCCGGAAAAAGAGAGAAAGGAGAUAAAAACAAAGAAAAGAAGGAAUCAACGCACAACAAGGCAAAGAAGGAAAACACAUUGACAGCGGUAAAAGCCAAACCCGCUGUUGAAAGUACUGAACCAGCAUAUGACUAUACCAAAGAUGUUGAACAGAUGCAAUAUACGUUCAAAGGUCCUCGAACAGCUGUGCCAGCUCAAAAUGCUGCCUGGGCCAAAAUGGAAGCCAUAAUUCGUAAAGAAAAAGAAGAUGCAAUGAGGAAGAAGGUCGAGGAGAUCAAUCGGAAAAUUACAGACGAGAAAGAUGCUAGAGCUCAAGCUGAAAAAGAGAGGGCUGAACGAAAGCAGAGGAGAAAAGAAAAGGAAGAAAGAAAAAUGUCCCGAGAGCUUGCGGCAAAAGAGUUUAAGUCUUCUAAAGAGAUCAAGAUAUCUAAAGACGUAAAAUCGAAAGAAUUUACAUCAUCAAAGGAGUUCCAUUCUUCAAAAGAUAAUAGUGAAAGGCAACAGCAGAGGGAGAGGUUGUUAGAGAAACAACGUCAAGAGAAACAACUCCAAGAGAAACAACGCCAAGAGAAACAACGCUCUGAAAAAAUUAUCCCUCCGGUAGUCAAAACGGAGCCCGUCAAGAAGCCCAAACCGCCAAUUAUGAAAAAGAGACCCAAACCAAUGGGAGCACCUUUAGAUUUCUCAUCACUUCUGAAAAUGGCCGAAGCAAAACAGAAUGUUCCGAAAGAAGACAAGUCGGGAGCCAAGGCAGUGGUAAAGAAGAAGAAGGACCAGAGGCCGAUGACACAGGAGGAGAAGGAUAGGGAGGCUCGCAAACAGACUCAGGAAUACAAGGAUUGGUUGAAGUAUGGCAAGGGGAGACCUCCUCCUCCCCCACCUCUUGUGUCUUCCGAUUCCGAAUCCUUUUCAGACAUUUCUGAUGAGGAUCCUCUUGAGGCACCACGGAAACAUCAAGAUUCGAAAUCAUUGUCCAAAAGUUUCAGCUCAUCUAGUUUUCAUAAGUCAAGUCCAUCCUCUGCUAUCAAUUCGAAAAUGUCUCAUUCAUUUUCCGGUUCAAAGUCGUCGGUUUCUAGUUCAAAGUUAUCAGGUUCGAAAAUUCCAAACACAGUGAAUUCCAAGCAUGUGUCGCAUUCAGUGAAGUCGCAGAGCAUGAGGGAACAAACAUCUACUAAACCCCAUUCUAAAAGUGCUCAAGGUUCUAGUCAUUCUAAUGGACAUUUUGAUAGACAUGACAACGGUUCCAAAUAUGAUUCAAGAAUGGCAGACAAACAUAAGCAGAUGAUUAGCAAAAACAGUGAGAAACAUUCAGAUAAGUAUCGAACAAUGAAUAAUGGUAAGCACAAAGAGAGACAUAGAGAAAGUCCGCAACCAAUGAUUCGUGACAAGCAUAGAGAAAACACUCAGCAGAUGAAGCAGGAUAAACAUAGAGACAGUUCCAAACAGAUGUCUCAGGACAAAUCUCGAGAUAGUCAACAACAGAUGUCUCGAGACAAACAUCGUGAAAGUCAGCAGGUGUCUCGAGACAAACAUCGUGAAAGUCAGCAGGUGUCUCGAGACAAACAUCGUGAAAGUCAGCAGGUGUCACGAGACAAACAUCGUGAAAGUCAGCAGGUGCCUCGAGACAAACAUCGAGAGAGUCAACAGAUGUCUCGAGACAAACAUCGAGAGAGUCAACAGAUGUCUCGAGACAAACAUCGAGAGCGUCAACAGAUGUCUCAAGACAACCAUUAUGAAAAUCAACAGGUAUCUCGAGACAAAUAUCGUGAAAAUCAACAGAUGUCUCGAGACAAACAUCGUGAGAGUCAACAGGUGUCUCGAGACAAAUACAAAGCUCCCAUCUCCAAGAAUAAAUAUGAGGAUGGACCAUCCAAAGGUCAAGGUAACAAGGAUAAGUAUCGUGAACAGGUAUCACGUGACAAGCAGAGAGACGGCCCCCAACAGUUCUCCAAAGACAAGCACAGGGAACAGGCGAAGCAGCUGUCGAGGGAGAGACAUCGAGUGGAUGAACGUGGACACGGGGGAAAGAAACCACGACAGCAGUAUGAUGACGCACAUGAAAAUGUUCUGGUGUGUGGACCGUCCUCGCCAUCACCACCAUCGUCACCAAUGGCAACAAAUCCAUUUGACAGAAUAGUCGGAGAAAUUAAAAAAAAUAAUCCCAAACGUCCAAUCACUAAGAGGAAGCGCCAGGUGAUAGACAGCGAGAGUGAAGAGGAUGAAGAAAUGGAUGGCUUCAUUGAUGAUGACGAAGAUAUGGACGAUCCUUCCAGUCUGGACUACUCCAAGUACAUCCGACAGAUCUUCGGAUACGACAAGCGCAAGUAUGACCAUAUAAGGGAUGAUGACCUGGCUUGCAUGGAGAGCAACUACGCCACGGUGAUGAAGGAGGAGGCAAGGAGUGCCAAGCUGGGGCUGCUGGAGGACCUGGAAGACAUGAAACAGGAACAGGACGAGCUGCAGCAGAAGGCCAUGAUGAAGAAGAAGAUGAAGGCGAAACGCAGAUAACACAUGGCUCGACUGUUGACGAUGAAAGACAGAAACCAAAGAAACCUGUGGAUGAAGGCUAACAGAACUGUUGAUUAACUGAAUAUGAAGAACAUAAUUUUAGCAUGUUAUUGCAAACUGAUGAAAUAUGACAAUGGUGAUGUACACGAAACUUGCAAAACGUUGGUGUUACUGCUGCUUCUGGAACCCUGAAUUAGGUGUCAAUGACAAAGAUUGGACUGGGAUAACGUAGAUGUCAGUGAUGGAGACGGAGCUCAGAUGAAAUAGGUGUCCAUGAUGAAGAUAAAAACCUAAGAUAUAUUAAUUAAUGAAUUAACCAGUGAAAAAUAUUACUUUAAAGAUAUUGUAUGGGCAGCUGAUUAAGAACAGUACUGCAGUUAUUUAUUACGUUGAUGUUAUCAGAUGAGGAUGCAAAUGAUAGCAAGCUAAGGUGAAGAAAUGAGUCCUAUUGAAUCGUUAGAAGGGUUCAUCAUGUGUUUGUCGUCAAGAGACCAGAGCCUCUCACUCAUCCACUCAUAAGUAAUGAAAGAAGUGGGAAAAAUAUAUUUUUCGAUGUUUACAUGUCUAUUUUACUGUACAGGCCUUGACCUUUGUAGUCAGGAAUAUGUUCAAGCCAUCAAACAUAGGGAUUUGUAGAUCUUGUCACUAGCAAACCCAUCAUGCUCUAAGACGUCAUGACCCAUGUUUGUCCACUAAGUGUGAAACUAGCUUGGGUGACCCCAACCACGAUAAUACAGGGAUGUUGUAAAGGCUUAAAAAAAAAAAAGAAUUGAUUCUCAGGCAAUAACUUGCCUUACUUUUAGUAUAGUGCGGGCGGUCACGGUAUUAUUUUUUUUUGCUUGUUCAAACUAGUAUGUAACCAUAUAAACAGUUGUGUACCAUCAACCUGGCAAGGGGUCUACCUGCAUAAACAAGCAUACAAACUCUUAUUGCCGCCAUGACCGUAACACGAGACACACAGAAAAACAGUGCCCAUGUAAAGAGAAGUAACUGUGUGCAAUAUUGGACCGCAUUGUUUUCAAAAAUUAGGAUUUAAAAUCUUUUUGGAAAAUGGAAUUAAAAAAAGAAACGUAUGGCAGACUUUAUGAUGAUGUGAGCAGUGCCUGAGAAGCAAGACUAUAUUUUUUUAGUCUAAAGUUGUAUAAACACAUUGAGCCGUUCUCCUCCACCACUUGCUUGACUCUAGUCCUUUUGUCACCACCGCCCUUGUCUUUUGUCAUUGUAACAUAUCAAAAGUCAUUCCCAGAUUCUUUGUCUCCCAGAAACCACAGACACAAUUCUAGCAUCAGAAUGACUCAGUUCAGUGAAUUUCAAGAUUAUGUACAUGAUGUUUUCAGCCUUUAUAUGUAUAAAAGCAACUUCUGGUUCAACACAAACAUAGUGUGUUGGUGGUUUACCUGAAGCAUUCAUUGUAUAUAGUGUAUUUAUAUAUUUAUCGAAUCAAGUGCUAAAACAAACUUGAGCUGGAAUGGGGUAUUCCAAACUGAGAUUCUUGCAGAAAGUUUUCAUAAAAUAAAUAUUGUCUGUGUUUAUCCAACACCUUUGUACAAAUUUGGCUUUAUGAAAAAAUAAGACGACAGUAAAAUAGGGCUAUAACAAACUGAAAGUGUCCACUAAUUUUAGUUUGUUAUAACCAUAGUUUAUUAUAAGCAUAUGUACAGCAGUGGCCGGGACACAAAAAAAUAAGUACAUCAUAUCCGUCAGUUCGUUAUAAGCGUGUUCGUUAUUAACGUAGUUUACUGUAUAUUUAUUCUCAAAUGCUAUGUCGGAAGGGAGAAUUCCACGUCCCAAGUGAUGUCCUUGUUUGUUUCACAGUCAGCAUGAUCGGCAUUGCUAGGGAAGAGGGGUCAAGGUUUGGGCAAACUGGAAAUAGAAAUACUUGAAGAUAUUGCUGUGAAAAAUGUCGGAAAAACUGGUCUUCCUUCUAUCUGUCACCUUCGGGGGCACGGGUGACCCAGUCGUCUAAGGCGCCACGAUUCGCUGUGCAGAGUUGUGUCCCUUA